GGGACCACAUCCCACCUUCCACCAUGGAGCUGAAUGAGACAUCCCCACCUCCCACAUCUGCCGUGACGGACACCAAAGAAGACAAACAGUGCGGGAUAGAGAUCGCUGACAUGGCCAUAGAUGGUGUCACCCUGCUCAUUGGCCUCUGUGGGCUGGUGGGGAAUGGGGCUGUCCUCUGGCUCCUCGGCUUCCACAUCCGCAGGAACCCCAUCACCGUCUACAUCCUCAACCUGGCCGUAGCUGAUUUCACCUUCCUCCUCUUCGUCAUCACCUUAUCCCUCCUCUACAUGGUGAACAAUGCCUCCUGCCCCACUGUCGUGUCCCUGAGGUACCUGAGGCCGUUCCUCCUGCUGUCACUGUUCUCCCACAACAUGGGGCUGUACCUGCUGACGACCAUCAGCAUCGAGAGGUGUGGGUCCAUCCUCUGCCCGCUCUGGUACCGCUGCCACCGCCCCCAGCACCUGUCAGGGGUGAUGUGUGCCCUGCUCUGGGUCCUCUCUGUCGCUGUCAUUGCCACGGUGACUUCCCUGUGCCUCUUGGAUGAGCACGAGCCCUGCCAGAUGUCUCUCAUCUCCAUGUUUGUCCUCAACUUCCUCAUCUUUGCCCCACCCAUGGUCAUCUCCAACGUGAUCCUGUUCAUUAAGGUCCACUGUGGCUCCAAGAGACGUCAACCUAAGAGGCUCUACAUCGUUAUCUUCCUCACUGUCCUCUUCUUCCUCAUCUUUGGGGUUCCUCUCAGCCUCUUGCAUCUCCUGCAGCAGCUCGGCUACACUGUGUCCGCCCAGGUUGCUUUCCUUCUUGCCUGCAUCAACAGCAGCAUCAACCCCUUCAUCUACUUCCUGGUAGGGAGCUGCAGGAGGCGCUGUUCUCUGGUGUCCCUCCAGGUCGCCUUCCGGAGGGUCUUUGAGGAGACGGCGGUCACCACGGUCUCCAGCUAAGAGGCCACUGCCGUCCCUCUGGCUGUGCUGCCCACCCAGGCUUUACGCUCAGCUGCCCACCCUUGCUCCCAGCCAGGCCCCUGCAGGUCACCUCCGCGCAGCUGUGUGUCGGGAUGGAUCCCUUAUCCCAUCUCCACUCCGUCCCGAUCCAUGUUGUGUCCGUCCCCAUCUCAUCCUCAACCCCAUCCCUGUCCCAUCCCAUCCUGUCCCGUUCCGUCCCGGUCCCGCUCCGCCCCGCAGGACUCCCGGCCGGCGGCCGCUCCCCGGCUCCGAGCGCGGCCCGUCGGGCUCUGCUGCCCUCCAGCGAGGGGAGACGGCACGGGCGGCAUCCACACACCUGCGACACCCUCCAGACCCCCUCCGACACCCUCCUGACCCCCUCAGACACCCUCUGACAACCUCUAGACACCUUCCAACACCGUCGUGGCACACUCCAGACCCCCUCCUGGCACCCCCCAAACCGCCUCGACAGCCUCCAGACGCCUUCCUGACACCGUCCAGACCUCCACAAGACCCUCCAGACCCCCCCUCCCGGGGUCGCCUUCCCCCCAGGCGGUGCCCGACAGCCCCACUCCUGCCCCGCUGACCCGGGACCCCCGGGA